GAUCCACUGUAAUAAGGAUCUGCAAGAGCGAUGUUUGCUUUGAGUCCUGUGUGACGCCUGAAAAUAAUAAUAGCACCUCCCAUUGUAAAGAGCAGAAGAACUGCAUUGCUGUCUCGACUGGAAAGUUGUCUAGGUGUGUACUCAAAAGAGGCCUCGCAGAUCGCUGAGCUUUCCUUCCAGUUGACGAUUUAGAUCUAGGAACAUACUUAGACGCAGUGAACACUGCCUUGUGGCUCACAUUAUCGAUCAAUACUCGAAUAAUCAUUGAAACCAAUUAAAUUUCAGAAAAAAGGCACAGAGAAGAAGAACUGUGUCGCUGCCUCCGAGACGGCUUGCUACACUCCAGUGGUCUGGCAGCUUGAGCCGCUGGUACAGCUCUGCUGAAUGCAGCGUGUAGCAUCUCUGCAUCCUUCGCUGCCAGCCAACAACAGAAUUUGGACCUGCCGCUCAUUGGUAUCUCUGCUGGACUUUGCACCACGCCUCAGCCCUUCUCCUCUGAGCAGCAGUCGCUGCAGCCCGUCUGCCCGAAUGGCAGUCACAUCAGCCCAUCAAGGCCCGCAGCUGCUCAGCGUGGCACCUAUGAUGGACUGGACAGACGUGCACUACCGCCAGAUGGCCCGCCUCAUCUCCAAGCACACCUGGCUGUACACCGAAAUGGUGGUGGACCAAACUAUCAUCCAUAACCCCAUCACCGACAGGUUCCUGUGGUUUCCGCCGGAGCAGCGCCCGAUCGUGUGCCAGCUGGGCGGCAGCGACCCAGCCAAGCUGGCGGCCGCGGCGGCGAUUGUGGCGCGCUACGGCUACGACGAGAUCAACCUCAACUGCGGCUGCCCCAGCGACCGCGUCGCCGGCGCCGGCUGCUUUGGCGCAUCACUUAUGCUGCAACCUGCCAACGUCGCCACCUGCUGCGCAGCCAUGCGCCAGGCGCUCGGCUCCGCCGCCGUCACCGUCAAGUGUCGCCUUGGCGUGGACGAUGUGGAUUCGUACGAGGCAUUGUGCAACUUCAUACGCGUCGUGCAUGAGGGGUCCGGCGUCAGCCACUUUAUCAUGCAUGCUCGCAAGUGCCUCCUCAAUGGCCUGUCGCCGCACGAGAACCGCACCAUUCCCCCUCUCAGGCAUGAAUGGGUGUGGGCCCUGAAUCGGGACUUCCCACAUCUGGAGUUCAGCUUGAACGGCGGCCUGGACAGCUGUCACCAGGCAGCAGCAGCCCUGCAGCACAGCGUGGAUGGCGCAUCGAUCCACGGCGUCAUGAUCGGCCGCGCUGCCUACAACCACCCCUGGGCGUGCCUGGCAGACGCGGACAUCGCAGUGUUCGGCGCCGAGACGAAUGCAGCCACAAGCCGGCGAGAGGUGCUGGCCAAGUAUGUGGAGUACGCGGAUGCGGUGGUAGGGCGUUUUGGGAUGAAGCCGGACGGCAGCAAGACGCCGAAUGUGCGCACCGUGGCGCGGCCGCUGCUCAACCUGUUUGUCGGCGAGCCCAGCGGCCGCAAGUGGCGCCGCAUGCUCGACGUCGCCCUGCUCAAGAAGCCCGCCACCGUUGCCGAAGUCGUGGAGGAGGCCAUAAAGUGCGUGCCAGACCAUGUCCUGGAUGCACCGCCAAAGCGGCAGAUGCCCCCUGUCUUCUCCAUCGGACAGUUUCCACCACCAAACAGGCUCAAAAGCGAGACUGUAAUGGUUGGUGCUUGA